AACUUGUUUGGAAUUAAAGAGGCAUGUGCAAUAACUACAAGCUGAGCUAUUCUUUGCCAUAGAGCUCCGAGCUGGUGAUGGGCAACCACGUCGAGAAACUGGCGCAUCUGAGUUACGCAGAAGUGCCCACCACAGAGCCCAGCUACCCGGGAUCAGAGGAUGACGGAGCACGGAUCGGGGUCUCCUACAUCUUCUCCAACGAUGAGGACGACGAGGUGGCUGAAGAUCACAAAGAUGAUCCGCCGCCGUAUUUUGAUCUGGAGUGCGCGGUUUACCACAGGUCCGUUUGCGUCUACGAGAGGUGCAAUCUGCACAGCCACUCCAUUCAGACUUUAAUGAACAAGUACGAACCUGGAGACCUUGUCGAGUUCGUAUCUGCCAACCAAAGCCCACACUGGGCUGUAUAUAUCGGACAGAACCAGGUCGUGCACCUGCACAGGAUGGAAAUUAAGUGCAGCUUGGUGACAGACGCAGGUCGGGGCAGGAGGUGUCGGAUUGUCAACCAGCUUUACAAGUACGAGCCGCUGAGCGCAGACUCGGUGGUUAGAAAUGCUAAAGAACAAGUAGGUAUAAAAGCUUCUGUUCUGAGCUGGAGGAACUCGGAGUGCUUUGCAGCUUGGUGUAAGUUUGGUAGGCGUGAGUUUAAGACUGGAGGAGAGCUGCGCAUCGGGAAACAGCCGUACAAACUGAACCUGAUGGUGGCUGGUAAACAGGUCCACACGCUGGAGUUUCAAAGUCUGGAGGAUGUGAUCAUGGAGAGGAGACGGAGGGACCGGCUGGGUAAGGCAGCAGUGUUACGCGAACUGGCUGAAUGCUGGAACAGUGACACAGUAAUCACAGACAAACCACAGCAGGACCACUGA